GGCCGCGCUUGGCCUCCUCUACAUGGCGGCGUCGCUCGUGGGGAGCUACUCGUUCCUGUACCUCUCCCAGUUUGCCAUGAGCAACGACUUUUUGGUGGGCGUACUUUAACGCCACGGGCUCCCAAACGUACAUGACCAACUGGUUCAACGACCGACUCCAAGUGGUCACGAAUCUUUCGGACGCGUCGCCGUCGCUCGAUAAUGCGGUCUUUUACUCGAAUGACAAUCUGUACAACACGUCCGCGACCGCUAGUAACGUCCCGAUUUUGUACGCCAACAUGAUUCAAGACGAAAUCAACUCGCUCGUCCCUGUGAUUGACAGUCUGCGCAGCAUGGACGGCUGCGCGCUGCCGUGGAUCGCCACGUCCUACUGCUUUGUCGACUGGGGCCGCACCUGGUCGCUCGCCGCGUCGUCCGAUCGCGAAGCCGCGUGCGCCCGCCAAAGCCAAAAUGCAGCCAUCUACCUCGAGUCGGUGCUGCGCAACGCAGAGUGGACAUCGCUCUCGCUCUGUUGGGGCGACGCCUUGAACAGCAGCGUCUUUGUGCCGCUGCAGAGCUCGCGCGCGGGGCAGCAAUGGACGUCCGCUUUGCACGCAGCAAAUUUGGCGCCGCGCUCCUCCGAAGACGAGGCCGUGACGUGGCGCCGUGCGGGGCUUUUAACGUUUACCACGCUAUGGCAAAACUACAAGGCGCUCGGCGUCAUGGAGUCAUUUGAGAUUCACAAUGCCUUUGGGCUCGCGUAUGCGCUCAAACUCAAAAGCUCAAACGCAACGCUGCAACUCGGCACGCAAACCUCGUACAAGAUGUUUACGCCGCUCGCGUUCUCGCUCAGUCUCGUGCGAAACAAUGCGACAGCGCUUGGCGGCCGCAGCCUCAUUAAAGGCACACCCACGUUCGCCUACACCAACGUCUCGGCCACCGAUGUGCUCAUGCAGAACGGGUCGCUGCCGAACCCGCUGGGGCUCGGCCUCGCGCUCUUUCACUCGAGCAUCGGCCCGUUUGGCGAGGUGGAUCUGCGUCGAUUGCCGUGCCCAGAUGUGGUCAAGCAGUGGUACGAGACGUCGCACGCGUCAUUGACGCUCGUGGUCACGGCCCAUGACGCGGCCCUGCACGCUUUCGAAGUCCUCCAGAGCCCGAACCAGUACACGCCCAGUCCGUGGCCCAACGCGACCGACUAUUACGGCGGCAACCUUCUCUGCGACACACAAACGUCGUCCGAUGCGUCGGUACUCACGUUCUUUACGCUCGGCGGGUCGUGCAUGGCCCACAUGAACGACCUCCUCGGUGUCAGUACAAUGAGUGCGACCAUGGCGGUUGCGGCCAUGGGAAGCGCGCUCACCGCGUCGGCGAUGGACGACAUCGAUGGGAUCGCGGUCGACGGCGGCAAGACACUGGAGCUGCUCCAUGGCAUUCUAACGUAUCUCGACGCGCAUGUCCCGUCGGUGAACCGCACGCGCCUCGCCGCACUCGCCGCGGGCGUGCGCGCCGAGAUGGAAACCAACUACCCGGUCGCGCUCGCGCAGUACAUUAGCUUCAACGUGAGUCUGGGCGCGGGCGUCUAUGGGAGCGGCCCACCGCUCUUGGCGCAAGGCCGGCUCUUUGACACGAUCUCGAGCUCGUACGAGUACUUUGCGUGGCUGUACCUCAUCGAAUGGGUCCACGGCGUGCGGGAAGUUGUGGUUUUUGAGAGCAGCGUCGGGCGCAUCACGACCUUCUCGGGUCGGAACGCGAUAGCCCGCGUGCCCGUCAAUGGCAUGGAGAUCCCCGCCAAUGUGGCCACGUACUUUCAGCGGGUCGUGCAGUACAUCACGAUCGUCCUCGGACUCGUGACGCUCAUGGCGUCGAUCUAUAUCGUCACGGCCGGCGGGUACAUUGAAGCGAGCAAUCUCCUCGUUGUCAACCGGGUCGGCGGGCUUGUCUGGAUCGGUCGCCCACUGCUGUUUCUACGCAGCAUGACGGCCAUCUGCCUCCUCUCGACGUCGGGCCUCCAGCUCAUGCAAAUGGCGGGCUACUUCCGCUUCGAGUCUGUGCGUGCGCCAUGGUACACGACCAUCACGGCCUCGGGCGAGCUCACGUGGCUGGCCUUCAUCUUGAACGACGCCUUCUCGCUCCUCACGCAGCAAUAUACCUCGGGCUACUCGUCCAAGUCGGCGAUCGUGGUCUGGGUCGCCUCUGCGAUUUGGAGUUUUGCGUCGCCCAUCACCCACCACGUGCAGAUCGAGCGACGAUGCGUCGUUGUCGCCGUCGACGCCCAAGCCAUUUGCCACGGCGGCCACGUUAAAAUUGGAAGCGUCCAGCGGUUUCUGGCGCUCAACUUGCUUGUGUGCGGCAUUGUACUCGUGCUCUACGUCGUCGAGCGCCUUCGGUUCCCGCAGCUGGCGCGACCCCAAGGCAGCUCUUUCUUUUUGUAUGCGGCCGCCAACUACCAGUUCAAGAAGGCGCGGUGGCAGCACCGUGAUGUGUACUGCAUCGACAAGGCGUCGGCAGUCAUCAACGGCCUCCUUUCCUUCGAGUGGGGCGACCGCGUCUUCAUGCUCGACAUCAAAACGUGGCGAAAGCACAUCGUCGCGAUUGGCAAGGAGCGACGAGAGAUUCGAGAUGACCCGUCGCUGCAGCACUUGGCGCACACGAUACCGAUGAAGCACUGAUAAGAGACACAUCAAGAAGACCCACUUCACCAACAAGAAC